AUGGCGUCCAAGGCAGUGACUGAGAUAAUUCGCACUCAAAAUCAGCAGGCUCGCCAAUCUCUCCCCUUCGAGGACGAGACAGAUUUUCAAAAUGCGACAAAGGGCCGGAUGGGGACGUGCCAGCCCAACGUCAUCACUAACGCCGCUGGCGACGUGAUAUGGGACAAUGAUUCGUACAAGUUCCUUGCAAACGAGGCCCCGGAUACCGUGCACCCCAGUCUCUGGCGGCAGGCCCAGCUGUGCCAGUUGGACGGUCUGUUCCAGGUCACAGAGGGCAUCUACCAGGUCCGCGGCCUGGACAUAUCCAACACGACCUUUAUCGAAGGCGACGAGGGCCUCGUCAUCAUCGACGUGCUGACGUGCUCGGAGACGGCGGCCGCAGCUUUCAGACUGUACCAGCAGCACCGCGGCAAGGACCGGCGCAUCAAGGCCAUCGUCUACACGCACUGCCACGCAGACCACUUUGGCGGCGCAAGGGGCUUCGUCACGGAGGAGCAAGUCCACAGGGACGAGAUCAGGAUCAUCGCGCCAGAGGGGUUCCUCGAGCACGCCGUCUCGGAGAACGUGUUUGCCGGCACCGCCAUGGGCCGCAGGGCGGGCUACAUGUACGGCGCGGCGCUGCCCCGGGGCCCGGGGGCCCAAGUCGGGGCCGGGCUGGGCCAGACGGCGCCCACGGGGACGGUGACGCUGAUGGCGCCCAACGACACGGUCAGGACCACGGGCGAGGAGAGGGCCGUCGACGGCGUGAGGAUGGUGUUCCAGAUGGCGCCGGACACGGAGGCGCCGGCCGAGAUGCUCGUGUACCUGCCGCGGUCCCGGGCGCUCUGCGCCGCCGAGGACGCGACGCACACCUUUCACAACAUCCUGACGCUGCGCGGCGCCGUGGUCCGCGACGCGCGCCGCUGGAGCAGCCGUCUCGCCGAGACGAUCGACCUGUUUGGCGGCAGGACCGACGUGGUGUUUGCCUCGCACCACUGGCCGACGUGGGGGGCGCCCGACGUCGCCGACUUCCUCGCCACGCAGCGCGACCUGUACGCCUACGUGCACGACCAGACCCUCCGCCUCCUCAACAGGGGGCUCACGGGCCCCGAGAUCGCCGAGGCCAUGGCCCUGCCCCCGGCGCUCGACAGGGCCUGGAGCGCCCGCGGCUACUACGGCUCCCUGAGCCACAACGUCAAGGCCAUCUACCAGCGCUACAUGGGCUGGUUCGACGGCAACCCGUCCCAUCUGUGGGAGCACCCGCCCGUCGACCGCGCACGGCGCUACGUGAAGCUCGCGGGGGGCGCGGGGCAGGUCGUCGACGGCGCGAGAGAGGCGUUUGAAGGGGGCGAUUUCCGCUGGGCGGCCGAGAUACUGAACCACGUUGUGUUUGCGGAGCCCGAGCACGCCGAGGCGAGGGGCCUGCUGGCAGACACGUACGAGCAGCUGGGCUACGGGAGUGAGAACGGGCCGUGGAGGAAUUUCUACAUGUCUGGGGCGGCGGAGCUGCGCGGCGGCAAGUUUGGCGCGCCGACGUCGACUGCGUCCGGGGACGUAGUCUGCCAGCUCACGCCCGAGAUGGUGUUUGACUCGCUGGCCAUCAGGAUCGACGGGCCGAGGGCGUGGGGGCAGAAGCUGACGAUUGACGUGGUGGUGGUGGACGCCGGUGAGCGGUACAGAUUGUCGCUGUCGAACGGGGUGUUGGUGUACUCGGCGGCGAGGCAGGAGACGAGCGCGGACGUGACACUCUCGGCGACUCGGAGGCAGCUUUGUGCGUUGGCGGGCUUGGGACUGGACUCGGGUGCUCUGAAGAGGGCUGGCCUUGAGAUUGACGGGGAUGUCUCGGUGCUGGCGAGGCUCGGGGGGCUGCUGGAUCCGGGGGACAGGAACUUUGAUAUUGUUACGCCGUGA